AUGCCCGCUGGUGGUUCCCAGGGCCCGGAGCUGCGAGCGCAGUUAACCCUUGCCGGUCCGCCUGACAGCUUGGGGCCGCGAGGAGAGGGCUCUUUGGGGUCAGGAAGGGGGGUUGCGGGGCUGGGCAGCGACCUGGCCCCAGGGUCGCAAGGAGGAGAGAAGCGGGGAAGAGGGAGUAAUUACCAUAAACCAGAGUUUGACCCCAGCUGCUGGAAAGCAAUAGAGCAAGCAAGGCAUGGAAAUCUAUGGAAAAGAAAUCAGGAGGGGCUGGACCACGGUGAUGAUGAAGGUUUUCAGGGGCAGCUUGGGGAGGAUACAAGUCCCCCCGCGGGGCUGCGUCGAGGGACCCCCGCCGUCUCGCCGCGUCCACCGGGCUCGGCGCCGCCGCGCGCGCCCGCGCGCGCGCCCCCCGCCCCGGUUCCCACGCGGCCGCCCGGCCGGGCAGGCUCGGGCUCCCCCUUGGCGCGGCCCCGCGGCCCCGGCCCUCCGCCCAGCGCGCGGCCCGGCAGCGCCACCGCCACGCGGAGAUCCCGGAGGUUCCUCCCCGCCGGCCGCCGGGUCACGCCGCCGCCCGGCCCUCCCCUCCGCCCUCCGCCCUCCGCGCGCGCCGGGCUUUCCCGUCCACCGGCCGAAUCCCCUCCUCCUCCUCCUCCUCCUCGGGGCGACCCGGCGACAAAACCUGCCCCGCGCGCCCUGCCAACCGUGCCCCACGCCCGGGCUCUGCCCCAGCCGGACGCCAGACAAAAGAACCGAGCGAAAACUUACCCGAACUGCCACGCAAAACUCUGA